AUGCUUACCGUCUUACAGAUCAAGGCCAUCGACACGGUCGACGGCCUGACACCCGACCUGAAGCUUUCUGAGUCGCCACACUGCCCUGACGAAGGCGACAAGGAUACCUCUAAGUCGAAGGUCGACGCCGGCUUCUUCCGUCUGACUUGCGUGCCUACGGAUGGAAGGCCCCACUGGGCAGAUCAAAUUGUCCCUGUCGAGUUCAAGUCACACAAGACGGAGAACGAUCCAUACGACGACCGGUCCGAGGACUCCCCGGAUGCAGACGCCAUCAAGCGCAAGGAGGUCCGCGGCCAGCUCAUUGACUACGCCGAAGAGGUGUUCCGUUACCAGCACCGCACCGAGGUCUACAUGCUGCUCAUCAUGGGGCAGCGUUUCCGCUUCCUGCGCUGGGACAGGUCAGGUACGGUUGUCACGCCGGCCACUAACUACUACCAGAAUCCAGACGUGCUUUGCGAGAUGCUGUGGCGCAUGUCGUUGCUGGACGACACGCAGCUUGGUCUGGACCCGACGGCCAUCCGCAUCCGCCCGGACAUGCCCGACUUCGAUAAAAUGAACGAGGCGGCCAUCCCCCACCCCUCCGAUAUCGAUCACGCGGAGCGCACCUUCCCCGCCGAUUUUGUCAUUUCGGACGACUUCGUCUUUCGCUACGUCCGCAAGGGCUUUGCGGAGUCACUCGGUGCCGAAUGGCCCCGGUAUCGUCUGGAGGUCCCGGACGGAGACUCGGUACGGUCUUUCCUCGUGGGGAAGCCUACCUUUCGGGCGUCCGGUAUGGCCGGUCGCGGGACGCGUGGCUACAUCGCCCUCGACUGCAAGACCCAACAAUUCGUCUGGCUGAAGGACGCAUGGCGUGCCUACUACGAUCUCGUCGACAAAGAGGGCGAUGUGCUGAUCCACCUGAACGAGACUGGUGUGCCGCAUGUGCCAACCGUCGUUUGCCACGGUGAUAUCCUUGAUCAGGCCACCAAAUCCCCUGAGUACUGGGACGACAAGAACGGCUCUACUGAUCAGUGCCCGCUCCGACGUCACAAACACUACCGACUCGUGGUCAAAGAAGUCUGUAUGCCGUUGGUGAAGUUCCAGAGCGGCCUGCAACUGCUGGAGAUAAUCUAUACUUGCGUUCGCGGUAUGUCCUAUGUCUUGCUUAUAAUCGUGCAUCGCGACGUCAGCGGAGGAAACAUCCUCAUACUUCCGUCCUUGAUGCCCGAUCCCAACACGAAGACAAUGGCAAUCAAGUGGCUCGGUCUUUUGGUCGACUGGGAACUGUCGAAACCCGUGCACGACAAACAAGGCACUCAGCCGCGUGCACGGCAACCCGAGCGCACUGGCACAUGGCAAUACAUGUCCGUUGCCACGCUGAAUGAACACACGAAGGUCGUCGAAACAUCCGACGAACUCGAAUCUUUCUUCCACGUAGUACUGUACUACUCCGUGCGGUACCUGGUCUCCAACUGCGCGGAUGUGAGCUGCUUCAUCAAGAACUUCUUCGACUCGUAUAACCUCAACAACCAUGAGUACCUCUGCGGCAAGACAAAGCGUGUAACUAUGACAACUGGCCAACUUCUCUUGGACGACUCUACGGACGAAGACCUCGCCUUCAGUUCCCCGCUGGAUGGGUUCUUCUCGAAGCUUCUCAAAUUGUUCAAGGCACACUACAUCGUGACGAAGUACGAUAAGUCUAAGCCCAAGAAGCCUCUACCGAAACCGCGCCUCUUCAUCCCUAUGCCACAGCCAAAAGCGAGUAUCGCCCAGUGGCUGAACGAUGAUAGCGACGAUGACGCUGAAACAUCCGAGGAGGACGAGGGAAUUGCCGGAGGUGACGACCCAAGCAUCGCCCCGGCGCAGCGUGCGCUCGCCGCCAAGGUCCAACGACACCAGUGUAUGCUGAAGGCCCUGAAGGCCGCAACGACGGCAGUUUGGCCGAAAGGAGAUCGGGUUAUUGGCGACAACGUGGAAUUGCAGAAGCUCAAGCCCGUGCCCGCAGUCGCCUCUAGCCAGGACCAGCCGACCGUGACAGGUCCCAACAAGAGACGCCGCACCGGCAAGACCCCCGUUUCCGCCCCCAUUCUCUCUAUCAACUCCGCGCCCCUUCCCUAG